CACAUCAACCAAGUGAAACAAAUAAUAAUAACCAAACAUGAAAGGAACAUCAAUGGGUGUAGCCAUUUUAGCAAUGAUAGUCAUGGCUCAACUCAUGGUGCACCCAAGUGUAGCCAUUACUUGCAAUGAUGUUACCGGCAAUCUCACACCGUGCCUACCCUACCUUAGAUCAGGUGGUAAACCGACUCCGGCUUGUUGUGCUGGAGCCAAGAAACUUCUAGGUGCCACCCGGACCCAAGCGGAUAGGCGAACCGCUUGCAAGUGUGCUAAAACCGCGGCUCCACAGCUUAAGGUCCGGCCGGAUAUGGCCAGUAGCCUUCCCGGAAAGUGUGGUAUCUCCACCAGCAUUCCGAUCAAUCCCAACGUCAACUGUAACACCAUUCCUUGAGGUGGCAGGAUGAUCGUUGCCGGAAAGUAAUAAGCAAUGAAAGUAGAAGCGACGGCGUGGUGGUGUAUCGCCGGCGGAAUAAAUAACUGUGUUUCUUAUAUUUAAUUACAUGUUAUAUAUAUAGAUUAUGGUAUGGUAUGGUAUGAUUGUAUGUAGUAUGGAGUUGGCAUGUUACAUAUAUAUUAAAUUAAAUAAUAAUAAAUUA